CCUCCCCCAUCCACGCGCCUCUUCGCCUGCACUUCCUGCUGUAGAAAAGCUGUACGCAUGCGAAGUGACUCUUCCUAUUUGGUGUAGAAAGACACAAGAACAGCACAUCAUGACGGAUGUCGAUUUCCAAAGUGGGGAUUCCGGGGCCUCUUCAACAUACCCACAGCAGUGCUCUGCAUUGAGAAAGAAUGGCUAUGUCAUGAUUAAAGAGCGUCCCUGUAAGAUCGUUGAAAUGAGUACCUCCAAGACUGGCAAGCAUGGACAUGCAAAGGUUCACCUUGUAGGAAUUGAUGUCUUUACACAGAAGAAGUUAGAAGAUAUCUGCCCAUCUACCCAUAACAUGGAUGUCCCAAAUGUUACAAGAAAAGAUUACCAGGUAAUAGACGUCUCCGAAGGAUACUUGUCCCUGAUGGAUGAUGGUGGAAAUACCAGAGAGGACCUUAAACUGCCAGAUAAUGAGCUGGGCAAAGAAAUCGAAAAGAGGUUCGAUAAUGGUGAAACUUUUAUGGUCUCUGUGCUGAAAGCCUUAGAUGAAGAAAUGGUAGUUGGCACCAAGGUUGUGUCCUAAUGUGUCCAGGACGAUGCUGGAGGACCUCCCACUCUGUUCUCCAGUAUGGCUUUGAAGCCUCGCCAAAGCUACUGGCCUUCUCCUCCCCCACCCCCUUACACACACACACACACACACACACACACCUCCACUAGUUUCCCUGCUGGUCCACUGAAACCUGGAAGCUGGACUGGGUUAGCUUCUUCAACUUUACCUUGGGGGUCAGGGCUGACUGACAUUCUCUUCAAUCAAUGAAGUUAUCAACCUGUAGCCGUCACAGCUUAACUUUGCAAUGGCUACUGAUAUUAUUCCGGCAAUUCCUAACAUUCCAGCAUCUCAUAGCAUUGUAUGGGUGACUUUUUUUCUGUGUGCAUUACUUUUUAAAUCCUGCAAAUUGACAUUUUUCUUUUUGAGUUUAGUUGUCUGUGAGCAUGUAUUUUAAGGCUAGUUUACAGUUGAGAUGCUUCACCUUGCUUUCAACCUAAAUUACCCCCUAAAAGGGAUUUAUCUCUACUGGCUGACUUAACACCCCCAGCAAGCUCCAGCUCCAACCUAAAAAUAAAUAAAUAAAAACAUAACUUCAUUGAUGGUUGGAAUAUGCCUUUCUGCCUUUGACAAUUACAACAUGCAUGCACAUGCACACCUAUAAUUGACUUGUAUACACAUGCCCUAGCAGCUAUUAAAAUGUAAACCGCAAACAUUUUACUUACCGGGUCUCAAUAAGAUUGUUCUUUUGUAGCAGGUGUCUGGUGUCUCAGUUGUUCUGGAGCUGAACACACCUGGAUAAGGGUGGCUGGCUGUGGCCAUUUUCUCUUCUAUGCUUUUAAACAUUUUCCUUUCACUUGAGGCCUUUUAUGAGCGACAAAUGUAUAAAAAGUUAAUUUUUUUUUUUUAAAGAACAAAACACUGAAAACCUUAACUGUUAGCAACUUCACAGUGCUAAAGAGAAUUCUUGGCACUCAGUUGUGGAAACAAGAAACCAUUUCAUUUCUUAUAAGACGUAGCCAAAUCUAGACGGUAGUUCCUCUGUGGGUAAUCUGAAGUCUUGCUGUCAUGGAAGACCUUGGUGCUCAAGAACAGAAUAGAUGAGGGUUAUAUUUUAGGUUGGGGGUGGGGAGUAGUUGUAGAAAGCAAUUUUGGGGGUAGGUAGUUCAGUUUCCAGUUUAAUGGGGUUUUUAAGCAUUUUGAGCAGAGUUUGCACUCUAAGACAGAUUGUGGCUCACAAACAUUUUUAUGAAAUAAAAGUACCAAUAUGGUGACUGGUUCUCUAUGUUUACAUCCACACACAACGUAUUGGGGACAUCUGGUAAUUGUAAGAAAAUCAGAAUGUGUUUACAUGCACUGCAUUAAUGUGGUUGCUGUAGAAUCUGCAUUUACAUGCAGCUAGUCAGUUUUCUUCUCUACCUCCUACCGUAAAAUUAGUUUUAAGUGUAUUUGCGAUAUAUUUGAAGCGCAGCAGCCUGAGUUUCUUUUCCUUGUUUUGCUGAUCCGAGCAUUUGCACUCACUGAUGGUGCAGUGAGGAGGGUGGACUCUAGUGAAGUUUCGAGAAUGCAUGUGUUAAGAAAUUUACAGAUAACCUGCUAUUCAGCUAUAGAAAUUACUUUAGACUUGUUUGUUUUAGACUGACUUUGGAUUUUAGCUAUCUUCUGCGCUGUUGUCAUAGCAAUACUUUUCUUAUUUCUAUUUCCUAGUUUUGUUUAUGAUCCUGUGCUCUUGUUAAAAAUAAACAAAUAAAUAAAAAGUCAGUGAAGUGUAUACAUGGUCAAGAAAUUUGAUUUCUCUAGCAGAAAUCCCUUAGUGUUAACAUGACAUUUUAUGUUUCAUUACUACCAAAAAUGGACAAUAAUAAGAUUAGUUAAAUACGUGGAAACACACUCAUUGUAAUAUUACCAUUAGAAAGUAUUCUGUCCAGCUUUCAAAUUGUCCUUUUGUACAACAGCAGCCGUUCUGUUAUUGUUCUGUCUUCAGUCCAGUUGAAGUAUUAUAUAGUUUUUUUAUGUUUUUUUUUUUUUUUUUACUUCUGUCAAGACACCAAAGGAAUACAUGGAAUGUUAUGUGUAUUAAGUUCUCCAAUAAUUUUGUUUCAACAUUCCGUUCUUGUUCAAUGUGUGGUGUUUUCCCUGAAAAAUAGGAGCUAUGGCAUCACAACAGUGGCUUUCAUCUCAUUCUUUUUCACUUAUAGUACAAAACUGUACAACAAUAGUACUCUGGACUGCAAGGCCAAAAGGUGAAAGCCAGAUGACUGUACUCAUUGUACUGGUACAUUUCAUGUUGAGUAUUAAUUUCUUUAAGCUGGGGGAGGGAAAAUAUUGACUAGCAAAUGAACGCUGUAAAGGCAGCAGUAUAGUAGAAGCAUUGACUUUGUGCCAUGCGGGCAGUUAAGAUGACUGACAUUCGAUGGCAAAUGGGGGGGCCACACUCACAGGCAAGAAUACUUGGGGACUCCCUGCUUGCUUUCAUGAGCAAACAAAUCCUCUCACAACUGCAGCCUGCAGUGCCUCAACUUGAUUUGAUCAUUCUCGGGGAGUAAAUGAGCUCCAAGAGGGUGUGUAAAACGUAACCUGUUGGAUGCAAAUUGCAGGAAUUUCCUUCUUUGGUUAAUAAAAAUAAAGCUGCACAAAACUUAAACUUGGUUGACCGUCGAGCUAUAACCCACUGUGGCAUUCUGCUCUGUCCUGUAAUUUGAUUGCAAACAUGCCAUUGUGCAUUUAGUUUCUAGUAUACUGCUUCUUCAAAUACACGGCUAGAUUUUCCAAAAGUAUCCAAAACCUAAUGUCCAAUCAGUGGCGCAUUUUAAUAAUUGUGGUAUGGGGUUUCUAGAUUAUUCUCCCCUCCACCUCUUCAGCCUCAACACAAGUUGACAGUCUUCUUUAACCCAUAUUAGUGCUCUGUUACAUGAAUUUAUAACAAAUGUCAGACGUAUGUCACCCUCCGUUCCCUCCAAUAAUUAAACUGCUCUGGCCUCCGAUAUGUAGCACUAAUUGCUAGACAGGUGACGGGACUGACCUCUGACUCCUUUUGAGAAUAGGUUUAAGGGAGAUGUCCUGUAGUGGUUGGCUUCACAUGCUGAUCUAGGAUCAGAGACUGCUUGGGGAUACAACUGCAAAAAUGACUGAGGCAAGUGUCCAGGGCAUUUUCUCAGGGCUCCAACUAGUGUUAUGAAAUGGAUUACCUUAAUGGUGUCAGCAUUGGGGAUAAUGAAUGAGAUUGGAAUUGUUGUUUUAUUUUUGAUUAAUUUGUCUCACGAGUUUAUACUAUUCUGGUAUUGGAGAUUGUGACGUUUCAUGUUGUUUUUCCCCCUUGAAUUUUCUCUGGUGCCUCUCAUCAAAGACAGUGCCUGCUUCACAUUGUUUCUUUCUCUCUGUCUUUGAACUCUAUUUCAAUUUUCUUGCAAGAAAUGUUUAUUUGUAUAUCCAGAACACAGUUACAGUGUAUCGUGUUAAAACAGGGAGUAGGUAAAUUAGUCUUGUAUGCUCCUGGUGUAUGCUGGGAAAGGGGUUUUAGGGCGUUUCCGCUGCUUGGCACAGGUCUCUUUCUUCCUUUUUGCUAAAAACAAUUUCUGGGGGGGAAUCUAAACUUAAGCCUCUUCUGGAACACAAAGAUACAUGAGCUCCUCCAUUCUAACUAAUGUAUGGCUGCAGUCUUUAAAAUGACACCUGUCUGUUUUUUGUUGUAUAGGCAAAAUAAAGUUCAUUCAGAUGUUAAAGGCUA